UAAUUCCGGGACCAUGAGCUCUGCGACGUCAUGUUUGUGGUGGAGCUUUUGCCAUGCUCGAAGUGGAGCCUUUCGAUCAUAGAGACGUGCGCUGACCCUCAUAUAUGGCAACACUCCGCUCAUUGCCCUGAGCCCAUCUCACAUACUCAACUGCACUCACGACUACUUACAAUAAAAGUCGUUUGUUUUUGAUACCCUAAACCAUAUCACACCACAUCAACAUGCCUUCAUUCACAGUUUUCAAGGGCUCCAAGGACGGCAAGAUCGUCAAGAGCGAGACCAAGAAGGGCGAUCUCCAGAACGACCAGGUCCUCGUCAAGGUCACCGCCUCCGGUCUCUGCGGCACAGAUGAGCACUACAGGUCAGCAGACAUGGUCCUCGGCCACGAGGGCGCCGGUGUUGUUGAGGAGACAGGACCCAACGUCAAGAAUCUGAAGAAGGGCGACCGCGUUGGAUGGGGAUACCAACACGACUCUUGCGGCGACUGCGAGUACUGCCUGACUGGCCGCGAGACCUACUGUUCUGAGCGCCAGAUGUACGGUGCUGCCGACCUCGACCAGGGAUCUUUCGCUUCUCACGCCGUCUGGAAGGAGGCUUUCCUCUUCAAGAUCCCCGAGGGUCUCAGCGACGCUGAUGCCGCUCCUCUGAUGUGCGGUGGUGCCACCGUCUUCAACGCCCUCUACACAUACGGCAUUAAGUCCACCGACCGUGUUGGUGUCAUGGGUGUCGGUGGUCUCGGUCACCUUGCCAUCCAGUUCGCUGCUCGCAUGGGCUGCGACGUCGUCGUCUUCUCCGGAACCGAGAACAAGAAGGAGGAGGCCACCAAACUUGGAGCCAAGGAGUUUAUCGCCAUGAAGGGCAAGGACAAGAUUGACAUUGGCCGCAAGGUUGACGCUCUCCUCGUCACCACCUCCGUCUCGCCUGACUGGAACCUCAUGCUCCCCGUCAUGGCACCCACCGGCAAGAUCUUCCCUCUCACUGUUGACGCGGGUGAUUUCAAGAUCCCCCACAUGGGUCUCAUUAGUGGCGGUCUUACUAUCCAAGGUUCCGUCGUCGCUGCACGAUCGGUCCACCGUCACAUGCUUGAGUUCGCUGCUCUGCACAGCAUCAAGCCCAUCGUUAUGGAGUUCCCCAUGACUGAGGAUGGUAUCACUGAUGCUAUGUCCACACUGAGGGAUGGCAAGAUGAGGUACCGUGGUGUCCUCAAACCCCAAUAAAUUGUUGGCGGGCGGGCAAAAUUUGAAGAGUAUGGUUUAGCGUAGCAUUGAAAGGCGUGGGGUUGAAAAGCGCCUUAUGC